AUGGCUGUCCACGUUGGAUCCUCAUCCGAAUGGCGGACAAUCCUGCAAUCGAAUAUUGUGGUCGCUGAUUUCUACGCCGAAUGGUGCGGCCCUUGCAAAAUGAUCGCCCCAACCUUCGAGUCCCUCGCGACCAAGUACGCAAAGCCCAAGCGCAUCGUCUUCGCCAAGAUCGACGUCGACAAGCUGCGCGACGUCGCCUCGCAGUACGGCGUGCGCGCCAUGCCCACCUUCAUUAUUUUCAAGGGCGGGGUCGCUAUCGAGACCAUCUCUGGCGCCAACCCGCCCAAGCUGACCGCUGCCGUCGACAACGCCGUCAAGAUGGCUGGCCCUGUUGCCAACUCGGGGUUCAGCGCACCCGGGAGGACGCUGGGCGACACGGGCACCGGAUCUGGACAGAGCCUACGGAGGCCGUUGAAGUGGGACCUCAAUAAUUUCGUUAAUUCGAUCAUUGGCUUCUUUGGCCUGUAUCUGGUGUCACUGUUCUCGCUCGACCCCUUCAAGGCCGCACAAAACUCCCAAUACAACAUCCACAAUCCCGUCGCGACCAAGCCAGCCUCAGAAUUUGAUGCUAAUGGGGGUGCGAAGAAGCCAGCACCAAGGGCAACAUUCAGGACCUUGGCCGAUCUGAGUGGCGAAUAA